AGCGAUUUCUCGGUCUAAAACAAAUGUUUACUUCCGUGGUCGCGCAAAAAUUCAAGUGCUUGUAAACAAAUACGAAAUGAGCUAUUUUAAAGUAUUUAUACACUGUAUUGCUGAAUUUUAAACGAAUAGAAUGGCGACAAGAAAUACCAUUAAGAAGAAAGUCGAAUAUAAAUCUGAACAUGCUGUCUUGGAAACAAAAAAUAAAACAAUGCCUUUGAUUCCAAAACUUGAUUUGAGUUGUCCGUCAAACUCCAAGAAGAAAACAAAUCGUAAACUUAAGAACUCCAGUACUGGUAAUUCUAGCCUUUCUAAGUCAGCAGAUGAGAAUGCUCCACUAAGGGCAAGUCUUCAGAAGCUGGACGAUGACCACCGCCGUAUGCAGCAUGUUCUAGAAAAUACUGUGGCUGAGGCAGAGGAAAGACUUGAGGAGAUGAAAAAGUUGUUGGAAAAACGAGAUCAACUUCAUAAUGAUCAAAUGGAUGAAAUCACGAAGAAGAAUCUAAACUUAGAAGAUCAAGUUUCAAAGUAUGAAAAACAUCUGUUGUCAUGUAACACUGACCCAGUGAAUCUUCAAAUGCUGGAACCCACUUCAGACAACAAUGAAGCCACUGAAGAAAGAAGAAAAUUUUCAAAAACAAGAGUGAAGCAGAUGAGAGAAAGAUUAAGACACAUGAAUGAACAAACAAGUACAUUUCUUGCUGAUAUGCAGAAUAUGAAGCAUCAGCUACAGGAACUUGAAGACAUGGGAUCGCGGAUUAGCCGUACCUCAGAUGAUGAGGAUGAUGACUUUCCGGGAUUUUCUGGCUUUAGACCGGACAUUCUUCAAGCUGCUGCUUCAGUAUCUUACAAAACUCAAGGAUCUGGUGAUGAUGUUCCUCUGGAGGACGAUGACACAGGAACUUUGUUUAUAACACAGAAUCACGAAGAUCCAACUUAGAACACCCAGAUGUUUUGCACAAGAUGCAGCAUAUUUGACAGUAGUGUUUGUGACAUUCUAGUUCCAGAAUAUACCCUCAUCAGAAAAAGAAACUGCCUUUUAGAAAUUGUGAUUUAGACACUUGAUCGUUGUUGCUAUAUUUUUUGUUACUUUUUGACAUUUAUAGUUCACAUAUUCCCAAUCGUGAGAUAAAAUUGUCUUCCUUUUACUCUUGCAGUUUUCUCUUUUGUUUUUGACUUGUUAAUAUAGGCAUCUAUACUUAUCUAUAUCUGUUUGUUGGUCUCAAGAAUAUUAUGUUGGUGUCAUGCUCCUGGGAUAAAAUUGUCUUACUAUGUGAUGAAUUGAUCAGCCUGAUUACCAUUGUUCAAAAGCUGUGACUACAAUUCUAUUAAAAUAAAUAUUUUUUACAUCUUU